CGCGUUGAGUUCAGUCGCUGUCGCCCAUCGCUGCCGGUGAGCGAUUGAGGGAAUAAAACAGGUUUCGUACCUUCGCCGAGUCGGUUCGCUCUAUCUCCUUCCAACGGGCAGCUGGUUUUUCCUCCACCCCGUCAUCACCCCCAAAACCCAACCGGAAAGCUCCAAACCGUUUCGUGAGUCGACCGAGUCGAAAAAAAGGCGGCAAAAAAAAGAGAAUCCAACCCGGGCUCGUAUCUCGACUUCGGGCCAACGGUUUGCAGGGUCGUUGGGCUCGGUUUCCUAGGGCCGUUCGGUCGGUCUCCGGGAGUCCCUGACCGUGGUUGGCUCCAUCCAGGCACAAAACGGGGUCGGCAACAAUCCUUAUCGCGAGUUCAGGCUACCGUGCACGGAUGCCGGGUGACGACGAGUUCUCGGACUGUACAUCAGUUGCUCGUGAUUGUGGUUGGAUUGUUGUUGUUUUUUUAUUUGUGAACGUUGUUCAAAGCUCAAUUCUUUUUCUUGUGUGCUUUGAUGCUUCCUGAAGGGAACUCCGUGUCGCAGCAGUACGUCACAAUUCCGGGUGACAAAUCGAUUGAUUCCCUACGAGUGAUGGACACGGUGACGUCUCACAGGUGAUCACCACUAUCGACGAUAAACAAUAGGAGUGUGUUAGUGGUGGAAGUGAGUGUUGGUGACGUGUGUGAAUGUCUGUGAGUGUGUGUGUGUCCUUCUUUCCUAUUGUGAUUCACAAUCAUCCAAAUCAUUCAAGUGUGUGGCAAUUGUUGCAGAACGUGUUAAAGGGUAGCAAGUAACAACGAAUUUAAGGGAACGUAUCACAUGAUACAAUAAAUUACACAGUUUUUUUUUUGUGAUGUGUUUGUGUGAUGAAAAAAAAAAACAAACGAUAAUUGAGAAAACCCAAAACAAGAAAAAAUAAACGUUUUACUGUGAAGAAAUGCGCUUCAUUUCAAAUUAAAAGUUAGUGAAAAGGUGUUCAAAAUUUAGAAGCAGUAAGAAGAGAUUCGUUAGCUACGGUUGCAGCAUAUUAACUUCUUAUGUGAUUGUUUGUUACCAAAGCUGCCAGUGUGAGUAUGAUGUAUGACAAAUGUUUACCAAUACACACGUAUGAAUCAGCAAGCACAAUCGGCACCGUACCGUGAAGACGCACCGCCGCUGAUUGCUUCGGUUCCCAAGGACGCACAGCACCCGACCAGCCGAGCCUAUCAACUCAAUCCUUCCCCAUCAUCGCUCGACCGGAUCCAGCGGAUCUACGGCAGGAUGAUGGAUCGAAUACCGUCGCUAUCGAUACCGGGAUUAUCCCUAUCGCAUUCCCUCUCCAUACCGACCUCGCAGGCCCUCUCGAAUCAAUCAUCGCACGCACUGAAUUCGCUCGGACUACAUACGCAAAAUUUGCAUGCCUCGUCCGUAAAUGCGCUACACAACUCGCAGACUACGAACCUGCACCAGAACGUUGGCGGACUGCUGAACGGUGCGGCCGGCAAUGGAUUUCCGACCGCAACGUCCCUCCACAGCCUGCUCGGUCAGGCGAUGUUGAAGAAACCGGCAGAGGAGCACAUUAAGCGGCCGAUGAACGCGUUCAUGGUGUGGUCGCGGUUACAGCGAAGGAAAAUUGCUCAGGACAACCCGAAAAUGCACAACUCGGAAAUCUCCAAGCGGCUCGGUGCCGAAUGGAAGCUAUUAACCGAAGACGAAAAGCGACCGUUCAUCGACGAAGCGAAGCGUUUGCGAGCGAUGCACAUGAAAGAACAUCCGGACUACAAGUAUCGGCCACGCCGGAAGCCAAAGCCAAUCCGGCGCGACGGUUACCCAUACCCGAUGACGUACCCAUCGGUGCCCGUCGAUGCCCUGCGAGCCGGUAUAACGCCAAGCUACUUUGCACCGGGCGCUCCCUACCAUUUAGGCAGCCAUUUGUCACAAGCCAGUCCACCCACGACACAGUCAUCGAUCGCAUCCCAGAUGGACGUGUCGAAGUUUGCUCUCGAUCGCAGCGCAUACCUCAACACCGCCGCUGCCGGAGCCCUCUACGACACGACCAAAUCGCAGACCAACCCGUACAGCGCCUAUCUCGAUCCAACCUCCGUCCUGACGAAGGCUUACUUCGACUCGAAGAUGUACCAGGACCGGGCCCAGGCCGCUGCCAACUACGCGUUCGACAUUUCCAAGAUCUACGGUUCGACCGCUCAGCAGCAGCUCAGUGGCAGCAGCAGCAGCGGCGGCAGCAGUGCAACCCAGCAGCAACACCAACAACAUCAACAACACCAACAGCAGCAACAGCAGCAGCACCAACAGCAACAGCAACAACACCAGCAGCAACAUCAGCAGUCAUCACAUCUACACCAUCCGCUGCAUCAUCAGCAUCAGCUGCAGAAUGGUGGUGGUGGUGGAGGUGGCAGCGGUAGCGUAAUUGACGAGCGAGAAUCAACGCCCCAGCUGAGCGACGUCACGCCCGACAUUAAGCCUCAGAUCGUGGAACCGCUCGAAGGUUCACCGCUGCACAGUCACAGCUAUGGCGCUGGUCUGCUUGGUGGGGUUGGUGGUGGUACUGGUGGAGUAGCGGCCAGUGGACUUUACCAGUAUUCUGCCGCGGCAAUGGCUGCCAGUCAAGCGGCCGCCAACGGUGGUGGGAGUUCAGGGGCGAGUGGUGGAGGCAGUGGUGUUGGAGGAGGAUCUGCCGGCGAAUACCGACGACCGUUGACCGUCAUCUUUUGACCCAACUCCGAGCUGAUGGUUGAUCGAGACUACUAGGCCAGGACGUCUCAACGAAGUAUACGAAGUCGAUUUUACGCACGGGGAUGGGAAAGUGGUAGCGCACGCCUAGGGAAGCCGUGUGAGUCCGAUGCUCAAGCUUUUAUUUAUUUGCCAGCCGAUAACGCACUUACAAUGCGGUAACAGGUGCAAUAGAGUGGAUUGGGGAACAUUAAGGUGCCGUACGAUUGGCACCAAGGCAUUAAACGACACUAAUGAGUAAAUAUGUGGCUAUAAAUAAGGUGUAAGAAUGACCAACCGCCUGUGCUGGUAUAUAAAUCAUUUUAAAACGAACCCCUCUAUCACGGUCAUACUGUUCCGCUUUGGAACACUUCUUAGAGAACGAAACGCAACAGAACAGAGUCACCAUGUCGGGAAAGGUUAGAUCCGUCUUCGAACAUUCAUUUAUUCAUAGCUUAAAUAGUGCAAAGUCAAGAAGAUGCUAAGGAUCGAGAGAGAGAGGUUGAGAUGCAGAGUUCGAAUUGAAUAAAAUGAUGCAUGGCUUUUGCGGAAGGAAAGGAAUUAAAUGAAUUAACGAAAUUGAACGCACAUAAUGAUAACUUUAGGAAUAAAUCCAAACAAAUAAUUAAGUUAAAGUUGAAUAAAACGAACGAAAACUUUUCGGAACAAAUUAAUUGCGAGUAA